GAGUACUUUCGAAAAUACGCCGAGAGUAUUCCUGAUGGUGAAACGAGCGUUGCUUUAUCGAAUGCAGCUAAAGAAAACAACAUCUAUGUAGUUGGUGGUACGAUGCCUGAAAUAGAGGGCGAUAAAUUGUACAAUACCUGUACUAUUUGGGGUCCCGAUGGAACUUUGAUAGCAAAACACCGAAAGGUACAUCUAUUCGACAUCGACAUUCCUAAUAAGAUUACUUUUCGAGAGAGUGAUUCACUCAGUCCUGGUAACUCCCUAACGACGUUCGAUGUGAAGGGCUGCAAAAUAGGUAUUGGCAUAUGCUAUGAUAUUAGAUUCGAGGAAAUGGCACGCAUUUAUCGGAACAAAGGUUGCCAAAUGCUGAUAUAUCCAGCGGCAUUCAAUAUGACCACUGGACCACUGCACUGGUCAUUACUUCAGCGUUCCAGAGCGAAUGAUAAUCAAUUAUACGUUGCUUGCAUAUCACCGGCUCGUGUUCCUUCAGCAAGUUACGUCGCAUGGGGGCAUACACAGUUGACCAAUCCCUGGGGAGAGAUUCUUUACGAUUUGGAAACUCAAGAGAAUAUGGCAGUCACCGAUAUCGAUCUAAAAGUUGUUGAGGAAGUAAGGGCUCAGAUACCUACAUUUUCUCAGAGACGUACAGAUUUGUACGACACUGUCUGUAAGAAGGAGUAACUCUACACUAAAACAGAAAAUGUUUUUUUAUAAUAUUUCUACUACAAUAUCCUUUUUUUGCGAAUUAUUACUAAUUUCUUAUCAUUUGUACUAAAUGAAUGACUCAAUUAAGAAAACCAAAACGUUAUAAAUAAUAAUCUGUAUAUCUUGUGUAUCAACAUGUAAUUGGAUAUUAUAAUAAUAUAGGAAUGCUAUAAUAAUAUAGGAUAAUAAUAUAGGAGAAUAGAAUAAUAAUAUAUAAUAAUAAUAUGCUUUUAAACACCUUUAA